CCAUGUCUUUUCUCCUAACCUGUUUUUAUCUUGAUUCUUGAUUAUUGUGGCUGCCGACAAACCAUAACCUGUGGAGAACCGUGUGAAUUUCUGAUUGUCGUAGUGAAAUAGUCGAGGCCCGUGUUUUAUCUUUGCGCUUAAAACACUCCAAUGUCUCGGUAUUCUGAAAGGCGGAAGGCAAUUGAAGCUAGUCUUGAUCAUCAAAACCACGAUGGCAAGGAGAAGAAAGUUAACAGUAAGAGAGCUGUCAAUCAGCAUCUCACCAUAGAAGGUGACAAGGAAAAGUUCAAGGAACUGCUGCGUCGGAGGUUGAUUGAGUGCGGUUGGCGUGAUGAACUGAGAGUUCUGUGUAGAGAUACCAUUAGGGAACGAGGCAUUCACAAUGUCACAGUUGAUGAAAUUGUAGAAGAUGUCACUCCUAAAGGAAGAGCUCUGGUACCAGAUACAGUCAAAAAAGAAUUACUCCAAAAAAUUAGAACAUAUCUUCAUGAAAAAGCUUUCAAGUGAAGACCAAGACUUGAUGUAAUUAUUUUAAUUUAUUUUAUCUCUUAUUGAAUCUUGUUUUGUGCUGUUCUGAUGCCUUCAGCAUUUAAAACUAAAUGUUCAUUAUAUAUUGUCCACCUUACAACCAAUGUGUGGCGACUGAAGUCUCCACAAUGCACAGGGGUCCUCUGUUCAAAUUGUAAACACCUAAAUCCAGGUCCAGAUUAAUUUGAAAGCAUUACCUUUUUAUGGGCCCUCUCACAAUCGUUGGAACAUUUACAAAUUGAACAGGACCACUCUGCUGGUGAAAGUAUUCAAAUGUUGAUUGUAGGACUAUUCAGUAAAUUUGUCCUGAAGCUGUUUAAACGUCAUUAGUUUUUUAUAAGCUUACAGAGGAUAGUUAAGUUUAGGUAAUAUAAUUAUUCCAUUUUCUGUGUUGAACUGCCAUUUCAUACUGAGAGUAUUUUUUAUGAAUGCCAUUGGAUUGGAGGGAUAGAUCAUCUGCACUAUGUUUGAAUUAUGUUAUCUACUCAACGCAAAAGAACUGUUAUCUUUAUCAUUCCAAUGUCAAGUUUCCAUGACCUAUCAAAAUUUGAGAUUAUCCUAGCAGGAUUCUGUUAACCUCUUGAUCCUUGCAAAUUUUCCUACAGCAAUAAUUAUUUGUACAUUUUUAUGUGAAAUUUCAUUAAAAGUUCUGAUCACAAAUAA